UGUAUCCCCGCACAUGCGCUGCCUCCGCUGCUGCUGCCGCUGCCGACGGCCCCGCACCUCUGGAAGAUGCUCGCUCUGUGGCGCAUUUGAUGCUGGUGCCAGGCGCCAUUGAGAGAGGAAAAAAUGUCCACCAAGGCCGAGCAAUUUGCAUCUAAGGUUCGUUAUUUACAAGAAUACCACAAUCGUGUUCUUCAUAACAUUUAUCCUGUCCCAUCGGGAACUGAUAUAGCAAAUACACUGAAAUACUUUUCACAGACAUUGUUAAGCAUUUUGUCCCGCAUAGGGAGGAAGGACAACCAGGAUGGCUCCAAUUUGACAGUGCCCAUGACUAUGUGUCUUUUUCCUGUGCCAUUCCCACUCACCCCAUCCCUAAGACCACAAGUCAGUUCCAUCAACCCUACUGUUACUCGCUCCCUCCUUUACAGCGUCCUCCGUGAUGCUCCCUCUGAGCGUAUUCAGCAAAGUCGCGAUGCACAGCUUUCAGAAUACCCUUCAUUGGACUAUCAAGGACUCUAUGUGACACUGGUGACUCUACUUGACCUGGUUCCUUUGCUACAACAUGGUCAACAUGACUUAGGACAGUCCAUAUUUUAUACCACAACGUGCUUGCUGCCAUUUCUCAGUGAUGACAUCCUGAGUACUUUACCCUACACUAUGAUUUCCACUUUAGCAACAUUCCCUCCAUUUCUUCACAAGGAUAUUAUUGAAUAUCUGAGCACUUCUUUCCUUCCAAUGGUUAUAUUGGGUUCAUCUAAACGAGAAGGCGUACCACCAUAUGUGAAUUAUUCGGCAUCAUCAAUGCUGAUGAUUGCAAUGCAGUACACAACAAAUCCAGUGUACCAUUGUCAGCUAUUGGAAAGCCUUAUGAAGUACAAGCAAGAAGUCUGGAAAGAUUUGUUGUAUGUGAUAGCUUACGGUCCAUCUCAAGUUAAGCCUCCGGCUGUUCAAAUGCUUUUCCACUAUUGGCCCAAUUUAAAGCCACCAGGUGUGAUAUGUGACUACAGGGGACUUCAGUACACAGCAUGGAAUCCAAUUCACUGUCAACACAUUGAAUGUCAGAAUGCAAUCAACAAACCUGCUGUGAAGAUGUGCAUAGAUCCAUCCAUUUCUGUGGCAGUAGGCGAGAAGCCACCCCCAUUAUACCUGUGUGAAGAAUGUGGCCAACGGAUUGCAGGGGUCCAGUCUGAAUGGUUAAUUGAUGUUUUGCUUCCACAGGCUGAAAUUUCUGCUAUUUGUCAGAAGAAGAAUUGCAGCUCACAUGUUCGGAGAGCCGUUGUGACCUGCUUCUCGGCAGGAUGCUGUGGUCGUCAUGGAAACAGGCCCGUGCGCUACUGCAAGAGAUGUCACUACAACUAUCAUAGCAGUGAGAUUGGUGCUGGAUCAGAGACUCAUCUUUAUCAGACUUCACCGCCUCCCAUGAACACCAGAGAAUGUGGAGCAGAGGAAUUAGUUUGUACUGUGGAAUCAGUAGUCAGCUUGCUAAAGGAAGCUGAAUAUCACGCAGAACAGCGGGAGUUUGAAUUAAAUCGAAGACGCCAAAUGGGCAUAUCCUUAUCUCAUCAUUCCUUGGACAAUUUAGAGUACGAUAACAAGGAUGAUGAUAAAAAUGAUCAACGUUUAUUGAGCCAGUUUGGAAUCUGGGUUUUGGUCAGUCUUUGCACUCCAAGUGAAAACACACCCACAGAAAGUUUAGCCAGAUUGGUUAGCAUGAUGUUCCAGUGGUUUCAUUCCACUGCAUACAUGCUCGAUGAUGAAGUUGGGAGUCUGGUGGAAAAGCUGAAGCCUCAGUUUGUUACCAAAUGGUUGAAGACUGUUUGCGAUGUUCGAUUUGAUGUGAUGGUCAUGUGUCUUCUUCCAAAACCUAUGGAGUUUGCAAGAGUUGGUGGUUAUUGGGAUAAGUGUUGUAGUACUGUGACACAACUAAAAGAAGGCUUGAAUCGAAUCCUAUGCCUCAUUCCAUACAAUGUAAUAAAUCAGGCGGUGUGGGAAAGCAUUAUGCCAGAGUGGUUGGAAUCCAUCCGAACUGAGGUGCCAGAUAACCAAUUAAAAGAGUUUAAGGAGGUGUUAAGCAAAAUGUUUGACAUUGAACUCUGCCCAUUGCCAUUUUCCUUGGAAGAAAUGUUUGGUUUUAUUAGCUGUAGAUUCACUGGCUACCCUGCUUCAGAACAGGAACAAGCUUUGCUUUGGCUUCAUGUGUUGUCAGAACUGGAUAUAACAGUUCCUCUACAGCUGUUGAUCAGUAUGUUUUCUGAUGGAGUGAACUCAGUCAAGGAACUAACUAACCAAAGAAAUACAAGAGGCAGUGAACAGCCAGGAAACCUAACUGCUCGAAGGGUCAGCAUUGUUUCAGAUCCUGGUCGCCGAGGCCAGCAUGUUACUCUCAGCCCAUUUCUGAGCCCCUUUCGGAGCCCAUUCCGUAGCCCAGUGCGCAGUCCAUUCCGCAGUUGCUUUAAGAAUUUCGGCACCGCAGGAGGAAGAAACAGUGACUUUGACCCUGAUGAUGAUGAGAUGAACUUGCCUUGCUUUAUAAUGAUGUUUGAUCUGAUAUUGAAACAGAUGGAAUUGCAAGAUGAUGGUAUGGUCCUGGAUCUUGAUCAUGGAACAUCCAAGGACAUCAUUUCCAUUCUCAACAAUGUAUUUCAGGCACCGUGGGGAGAGUCUCACACUUGCCAGAAAGACGAAAAAGCUGUUCAAUGCAAUCUUUGUCAGUCCAGCAUUUUGUGCUAUCAAUUAGCCUGUGAACUGCUGGAGCAACUGACACCAAAAGAAGAAAUCAAAUUGGUGCAUGCAUUUGUUUUACAUCAGGAACCCACUGACAGCUUUGAAGAAAGUAUGGUAUUUACUAGGCCUGAAUUCACUAUCGGUUUUGAAAGAGAAGAUGACAAUUCAAAAGAAGAUGAAAAGCUAAUUUUCAAUAACGGAUGUAAAGAAAAUCUUGAAGCAAAGCAUGAUGUAGAGCAAACAUUUAAUCACGAGCAACUACCUGUUACAAUGAAGCUAAUUUAUACAAUAUUACAGGAGAUGUCAAAAUGUGAGGAGCCAGACAUUCUUUUCAACAUGCUCAAUUGUUUAAAAAUGCUUUGCCUUCAUGGGGAAUGUUUGUAUCUUGCAAGAAAAGAACAUCCAAAAUUUCUUGCUUAUAUUCAAGACAAUAUGUUGAUUUCAAGCUUGUGGAAAGUACUUAAGUCUGAGUUCUCACAGCUUACGUCUGUGGCCGUGCCAUUGUUUCUCCAUGCCCUUUCUCUUUCUCAUGGUGCAGAUGUAUUUUGGGGCAUCAUCGACAGCAAUUUUAACAGCAAAGACUGGAAGAUGCGAUUUGAAGCUGUGGAGAAAGUGGUGGUUCUAUGCAGAUUUCUGGACAUUCAAUCAGUCUCAAAGAACCAUGUGUUGAAGUACUCUCUGGCUCAUGCCUUCUGCUGUUUCCUGGCUGCAGUCGAAGAUGUUAAUCCAGCAGUGGCAACAAGAGCCAGGCUUCUGCUUGAUUCCAUCAAAAGGCCAGCUUUACAAGGCCUCUGUCUUUGUCUCGACUUUCAGUUCGACACUGUGGUGAAGGAUAGGCCAACAAUUCUUAGUAAAUUAUUCCUGCUGCACUUCUUAAAGCAAGACAUUCCCGCUUUAAGCUGGGAGUUCUUCGUCAACAGGUUUGACACUUUAUCUCUGGAAGCUCAACUUCAUUUGGAUUGCAAUAAGGAAUUUCCCUUUCCUACAACUAUAACUGCUGUAAGGACAAAUGUUGCCAACCUAAGUGAUGCUGCCGUGUGGAAAAUCAAACGUGCUCGCUUUGCACGGAACCGGCAGAGAAGUGUGCGUUCCCUUAGGGACAGCGUUAAAGGACCAGGUGAAUCAAAGAGAACGCUUUCUCUUCCAGAAACGCUAAGCACUAAACUGCCUUUGCGACUGACCAGACAUGAGCAGUCAGCUCCAACUCUUGGUGCAAUGAUGGAGCAAGUUAUACAAGGUCAAACUAAUCCAGAGGACGAUGCAAUUAUAAAGGAUCCCUUGCCAGAGGAUGCUGGGAUUGAUCAUCAAACAGUUCAUCAGCUAAUCACAGUUCUGAUGAAAUUCAUGGCAAAGGAUAAAAGCAGUGCUGAGGCUGAUAUCAGCAGUGCCAAGGCAUUCAACACAGUAAAGCGACAUCUGUAUGUGCUACUUGGCUACGACCAGCAGGAGGGGUGCUUCAUGAUUGCCCCUCAGAAAAUGCGGACUUCCACUUGUUUUAAUGCUUUUAUUGCUGGAAUAGCGCAGGUCAUGGAUUAUAACAUUAGCCUGGGAAACCAACUCCUUCCGCUGGUGGUGCAAGUACUUAAGUAUUGCACAUGUCCACAGUUGCGCCAUUACUUUCAACAACCUCCUCGAUGCUCGCUUUGGACUCUGAAACCUCACAUGCGACAGAUGUGGCUGAAAUCGUUGCUUGUGAUUCUGUACAAGUAUCCCUACAGAGACUCUGAUGUCAGCAAGAUUGUAUUGCAUCUGAUCUAUAUCACAAUCAAUACACUUAAUGCACAGUAUCAUAGCUGUAAACCCCAUCCCUCUGCUGGACCCCUUUACACUGAUAAUAGUAACAUUAGCAAGUACAGUGAGAAGGAGAAAGAAGAAGAUAGUGUGUUUGAUGAAUCAGAUGUACAUGAUACCCCAACUGGAGCUUGCAACAAGGAAUCUCAAACCUUCUUUGCAAGACUAAAACGAAUUGGCGGGGGCAAAUCAGUAAAGUAUCAACCAGUUGAGAUGAAUGCACAGAAGAGUUCAGAGAUAGAGCUGUCAGAGUACAGAGAUUCCAGUCUUUUGCCGGACAGUAUGAUGCACUGCGGUACAUCUCCACAAUUACAGGAAGGCUUUGGUCAAAAGAAACUGUUGCAUGCAAUUAAGCAACAGUCGCUUGAUAUAGGAAACGCAGAUUCUGCUCUAUAUUCUUCUGAUGAACAACGUAGAAAGUCGUGUUUAGAUCGAUGUCAGUCUGAGAAACAACCAAGUUGUCCUCCCUAUCAUAAUCAGAUGGAAAGCAUGUAUAGAGGACCAGAUCAGGAUUUGUCAGUCAGCGCAGUAAUUGGAGAGCUUCAGGAAAGGUCUUCAGCUGCAGGAAGCUCUCAAGAAGGGAAGCGACCAGUAAUACCAGAAGUCAGACUCAAUUGCACAGAAAUAUAUGAGGUCACACAUGGAUCUCCUGAGAAAUGUACGUCCUCACAGAACGAGGAAACUGAUUUGAUUGACUUAUCUUCUGACUCAUCAUCUGCACCUGAUAAACAGUCGAUUCUUUCAAGUUCGGAUAGUGACUCGCUAGUUUUCGUUGCUCUCCCACCUCUGAGGAUUGUCGAGAGUGAUGAGGAAUAUGAAAUUCAGAAUACAUCAAACAAUAAACCAAAUGGGAAAACUAAUACGAUAUCUCAGAAAACCUCACCACUUAGCUUGAACGUUACCCCUGUUGUGAAAGUCAAUGUUGAAGAUUGUUCCAAAGACUCUCAUUGUCUAGAUUUUGCAAAUACUUCUUUGUUAGACACUGAGAACGUUUUGUCAGUUGUUCUGAGUGAUCAAAAAGACUUGGAAGAUCUAACACUGCAAAUGUAUUCUAAGUGUUCUGGUUGUGAAAGCCCUCUUACUCUUAAGCAAAAGAGAGACAAUCUCAGAAAGUCAUCUGCUGUGCUGGACAUAUCUCAGGAUGACAUUUAUGAGUUGAAUAAAGAUCAGGCUAAAUCUGAUAGCCCUUUACCUAGUCUCCUGGUUAAAACGGUACUCCACAAACUUCCUACUGAACCCGAAGAAAAUGAAAAGUCAGAAGCAGAGCUCUCUGUUGACAAAGGCAACGACCAAAAAGAUGAGAGUGGUGAAGAAACAGAAUUUAAAAUCCAGAUUGUUCCAAGGCAGAAGAAGCAAAGGAAGAUUGCUGUCAGUGCUAUUCAGAGGGAAUACCUUGAUAUCUCUUUCAAUAUUUUGGACAGACUUGGAGAUCAAAGAGACACUGGUGCUACGAAAUCAAGUUUGCUGUCUGCACAGAGCAUAGUCAGCAUGUUUGUCCCUGCACCAGAGGAAUUUACAGAUGAUCAACCAACACUUAUGUCAGAUAGAUGUAUUGACUGUGGAGCUAUUCUUGAAGAGUAUGAUGAAGAAACAUUGGGACUGGCUAUAGUAGUUCUUUCAACAUUUAUUCACUUGAGUCCAGACAUGGCAGCCCCUUUACUGCUUGAUAUUCUGCAGUCAGUUGGAAGACUGGCAUCCAGCACCCUUUUUUCAGGUCAGGCAGAAAGCAUGUUGAUCCCUGGCAAUGCUGCUGGUGUGGCAAAGCAAUUUCUACGCUGUAUUCUUCAUCAGCUAGCUCCCAAUGGCAUUCUUCCACAACUAUUUCAAAGCAACAUCAAAGACGGAAGCUUCCUUCGAACUAUGGCAUCGUCAUUGAUGGACUUCAACGAGCUAAGUUCUGUGGCAGCGCUGAAUCAACUCCUGGAGGGUUUAAACAAUAAGAAGAACUUACCAGCAGGAGGAGCUAUGCUUCGCUGUUUAGAUAACAUAGCUACCUACAUGGAAGCUUUACCAAUGGAUUCACCGAGUAAUCUCUGGACUACAAUCUGUAAUCACUUUCAAGCAUUUUUAGCCAAGCUGCCAUGCAUAUUGCCUCUGAAGUGCUGUUUGGAUUCCAGUUUGGCAAUCAUGAUCUGUCUUCUUAAGAUACCUACUGCAAGUGCAUCACGGAGCCUUUUGGAGCCAUUUUCUAAAUUACUGAGCUUUGUGAUUCAGAAUGGAGUCUUCAGUCUUGCGUACCUUGUUGAAUUGUGUGGAUUGUGUUAUCGAGCUUUCAAUAAGGAACGGGAUAAAUUCUAUCUCUCUCGAUGUGUUGUGUUGGAAUUAUUACAAGCACUGAAAUUAAAAUCUCCAUUACCGGAUACCAACCUUUUGCUGUUGGUACAGUUUGUUUGCGCAGAUGCUGGAACAAAAAUAGCGGAAUCAACGAUUAUACAGAAACACCUAAUUGCCUCUGUUCCUGGAUACACAACUGCAGCAAUGGAGUGCAUGCGACAGUACAUAGGUGAAUUGCUGGACUUUAUAGCUGAUAUGCAUACACUGUCCAAACUAAAGAGUUACAUGAAAACCUGUUCUCAGCCUUUGCAUGAAGAUACAUUUGGUGGCCAUCUCAAAGUAGGAUUAGCACAGAUAGCAGCAAUGGAAAUAGCCAAAGGAAAUCACCGUGAUAACAAAGCUGUUGUUCGCUACUUGCCAUGGUUGUAUCAUCCUCCCUCUGCAAUGCAACAAGGACCAAAAGAGUUUAUUGAGUGUGUUUCCCAUGUUCGUCUUAUGUCAUGGCUGUUACUUGGGUCUCUUACCCAUAGUGUUGUAUGUUCAGGAUCCACUUCAUGCAUGCCUAUCCCUUUGGAUGCUGGUUCACACGUUGCAGAUCAUCUUAUAGUUAUCUUGCUUGGAUUUCCUGAGCAAUCCAAGACAUCUGUAUUGCACAUGUGUUCGCUAUUCCAUGCAUUUAUAUUUGCCCAGCUGUGGACUGUCUACUGUGAACAAGCAGCUUCUUCUCCUCCUCCGCAGAGCCAGAAUGAAUAUGUCUCUACAGCCAUUCUAACUGCCCUUGAAUUCUGGAGUCGAGUGACACCUAGUAUUUUGCAGCUGAUGGUUCACAAUAAAAUAAUGGUGGAAAUGGUUUGCUUGCAUGUUAUCAACUUGAUGGAAGCUCUGCAAGAAUGCAAUUCAGCCAUCUUCGUGAAGCUUAUACCCAUGUGGUUACCGAUGAUUCAGUCAAAUUUGAAGCAUCUGUCUGCAGGUCUCCAACUACGCCUUCAGUCAAUUCAGAACAAUGUCAACCAUCACAUUUUGCAGUCAUUCCAUGGGUCUGGGCAAAUGAGCACAAGCCUGUCGGUACUCCGUAAGUGGUUACAUUGUGCUCAGUUCAAAAUGGCUCAGGUGGAAAUACAGUCAUCAGAAGCUGCAUCUCAAUUUUAUCCACUCUAAAGAUUCUUCCUUAUCCUGGACUUGGAACGGUAGCAUCUCUUGUUCACUCCUAUUACACUGCUAAAACAUCAGGUGCAAGUCACCAACAAAGUAGCCUCAGUAGGUUAAUCAUCCUUUUCCCUACGAGCAGGAAGAGGUUUAAUUUAUAAGGUAGAAAUCUGUGUACAAAUAUUACAAUGAAAUAGUUUUUAAUAGAAUAUUUUGUAAUUUAAUAAGAAUAUAAUAGUACUGUUUCAAUCUUGCACAUCAAAUAUGCUGCAUGCUCUUUAUAUAGGAUGACAUAUUAAUUUUACGAAUACAAAGAUAUACUUUACAUGGUGUAUUUCAUCAGUUGCUUUAAUUAUUCUCAUUCACCAGCAUCCAAGGUAUAUGUUUCCAAAACAAUUUUGUGGUUGAACAUUAAACUAUGAUUGUGUUAUGUAUCCCUUUUGAUCUCUCACAUUAUCUGUUUUUUUUCUGGUAUCUGUCAACACUGUACUCUAAGAUUCCCUACUGGCUGGAAUGUCAGGUCUAAUAUAGUGCCCUGUUGUUAGAUUCUGCAAUUGGAAUAAGUACAGCUCAACUGGAAAAUGUGUACUGUUUUUGUAUUGAUGUUUGCUGGAACCACACCCUUGGCUGUACACAAGCAAAAAAGUCUAUUUACUCUUCCAAUUCUGUCUCUGGGAUAGUGUUAACUGCCAAAACAAAAAAUGAAGAAUCUACUUUGCAAUAAUGCUGAAACAAUGACUAGUUCAACUGCUGGUAUCUACCAGGCUACUUGUGUAAAUAAUACAUUUUGGAUCAAUGUUAGCAUCUGUAAAAACAGAAAAUAAAUUGAUCUUUUUAGUAUAUUGCCAGUUGUACAGUGUCCUAGAAUUAUCAUUCAGAUCAUAAAAUGAGAAAAUGAGAAAUUAAGAUUUGUGUAAAUAAAAAUUUGUACCUCGAUUGCA